AUGGAUACAAGUCCAGCAAAUUAUGCAAAUUCAGUACCACAUAUAUCCUAUCUAGCUGAAGGAAAGAAGGAAAGCCCGUUUCUGCCAUUGACAUCGCUGGAAUUUCUGAAGCAACAUGGUACCAAAUUGAAGCGUUUGAGGGAAGGAAAUCUCAAUGAGCUGAGCUCUGAUACGCUGAUGGAUACUCCUGACCAUCCAGCUCUGUCAACUGCUAGCCUCAUGAAGGUAGCAAAAGUGCAACUACUUAAGUUCAACUCCCAGAAGAUUGAUGUUCUUUCUUAUGUGGCCAGUCGCAUUGGAACUCAAUCUGGUCUCCACUCUGAAGUUCCUGGAGACUUGGAACUUGCACUGCUACUUCAAGCUGCUGCCGAAAAGGUGGCCAAUCAACAAUAUGUGCAAGCAAGGAAGUUGCUCAUCUUGUGUGGUUGCUUUGCUUCUAAAAGUGGCAGUCCUGUCCAGAGAGUUGUGUAUUGUUUCGCUGAAGCUCUUGAAAAGAAGAUUGAACAAGAGUGGGGAAUAGCUCCAACAGAGGAACUGAUAGGGAAGCUAAGGAAGCCAUUGGACGAGAUGCUAGCCCAAGUAUAUAUGCAACCUGCAAUGAUGACAUCUCAACAGGAAAAACCCUUCACUCUUUUUACUGAGUUUACAGCAACAGAAUCCAUCUUGAAUGCUGUAGCAUCAGCAAAAAGGGUUCAUCUGAUAGAUUUUCAAAUUAAUAAUGGAGCACACUGGACACUGAUUAUGCAAGCUUUAGCUGUCAGAUACGAAUGCCCCCUUGAACAUCUCAAGAUAUCUGCUGUUGGAACCUGUAAGCAGAUAACGGAAGAGACUGGCAUGUGGUUGCCAUCUUUCGCUGAGACCCUCAAUUUGCCUUUUUCAUAUAAGAUGGUUGUUUCAGAUCUGAAGGACCUCAGGGAAGAUUAUUUUGCGUUGGAAUUUGAUGAAGAGUUAGCUAUUUAUUCGGACUUGCGUCUGUGGACUCAACUAGUAUGGCGCAAUCACCUGAAAGCUCCAAUGGGUGUAAUCAGAAAACUCAAGCCAAGGAUAGUGGUGGCCAAAGAAAUCAUCCCUCAUUCUAAAGAAAUCAUUCCUCAUUCUAAUUAUCCAAUUCGUUAUCAAUCAACGAACAUUAACUUCUUCUCUUUCGGACGGAGAUAUCUUCGCUCCUUCAGCCAAUUGUAG